AUUGUAUCAGUCAAAAAAGGUGUCGAUUGAAAAUGAAUUCACAUUCAAUUUGAAUUGCUAUAGAAUUCUAUACACAUGAAAUGUCUAUAACAAACAACAAUCCAAACGACCUAACAUCCAUGGACACCAGCGAUGAUGAUGAUAGUGAUCAAAAAUCGAGCAACAAUAGCUAUAAGGAACGUCGCCGUGAAGCACAUACCCAAGCGGAACAAAAACGUCGUGAUGCAAUCAAAAAAGGUUAUGAAGAUCUUCAAUUGCUGGUGCCUACCUGUACACAACAAGAUGCUGUUUCCUCAUAUAAGCUAAGCAAAGCAGCUAUUCUUCAAAGAAGUAUCGAAUAUAUUCAAACAUUACAACAACAAAAACAUAAACGGGAAAAGGAACUUCAAAUAUUGCGGAAAGAAGUACUUGGAUUGGAGAUAAUGAAAAAUAAUUAUGAACAAAUGGUUAUUCAGCAUCAACAUAAUCAGCAGCAGCAACAACAACAACAACAACAACAGCAAACUUCGCAACAAAGACAACAAUCAUCAUCACAGAUUUCGCCAAAUCUGAUGAAUUAUAAUGCUAAUAAUGGAAAUUCAAUGAUUUCAGACGAAAUGAAAUUUGAAAUAUUCAAAACUUUAUGUGAUAGCCUUUUCUUAUCUUUUGAUGAUUCAGUUAAUGUUGGCAACUUCAACCGAUUGUCUUCCUGUACGAUCCGUUGGCUGGAGGAUCAAUGUCAACCUCGAAAUCUGCAACAGAUUAUGGCGCAGAUUUUAGAACAGCUUAAAACCCAAAUCAAUUGACCGUCAAUUGUUUUUAUUAUUAUUAAUAUUACAAUAUUUUAUUAAUUUUGUUUUUGUAAUAAAGAAUUUUUUUGUUUGAA